AUUUCGAAUGUUUCAAACAAUGUUAACAUUACCUGUAAUAUUUUUCGGUCAUGGAUCUCCGAUGAAUGGAAUAGAAGUCAAUGCAUUCUCUUUGAAAUGGAAAGAACUUGCUAGGACUCUACCAAAACCAAAUUCAAUCUUAGCUGUAUCAGCUCAUUGGGAGACAGAUGGCGUAAAAUUAACAGGAAACAUAAAAUAAAAAACAAUUCAUGACUUUGGAGGAUUUCCAAAAAAAUUGUAUGAAUAAUAGUAUAAUCCUCCUGGUAAUUUAAACUUAUGUGAAAGAAUCUAAAAAUUGAUUCCUGAAGCUAAAAUUGACAACUCUUGGGGAUUAGAUCACGGAACAUGGACAAUACUUUAAUGGAUGUAUCCUGAAUAAGAUAUUCCUGUUAUACAAAUAAGUCUUAACACAAGAUUUUCAGAAGCAGAACAUUAUAAUCUUGGAAAGAAAUUAGCUCCAUUAAGAAAAGAAGGAGUGAUGAUAAUAGGAAGUGGAAACAUAAUUCAUAGUUUUAAAGAAAUGGAAUGGACAGAUACUGCAAAGCCUAGACCUUGGGCAGCAUAAUUCAAUGAGUCAGUCAAAGACAUGAUCCUAAAAAAAGAACAUGAUAAAUUAAUAAACUACAAAAAAUUAGAAUAUGGUGUCAGAGCCAGUCCAACUCCAGAACACUAUUUGCCCGUAUUAUACAUAUUAGGUCUUUAAGAAAGUACAGAUAAAGUGACUUUCUUUAAUGAUGAAGUUGUAAUGGCUUCAUUCUCAAUGACUAGUUUUGUUAUUAGUUCUUGA